AUGAUGCACUCAAUAUCCCACGUUCUUGCGCUGUCCCUCGGGCUGCUCGGCUUCGCGAGAGCCCAAUAUGACGCCGCCCUUGUAGGCACCUGGACGACGAAGUCGAAGAAAGUCCUCACCGGACCAGGCUUUUACGACCCCGUGGCCGACAAGUUGAUCGAGCCCGACCUCGCGGGCAUUUCAUACUCGUUCACAGCAGAUGGAUUCUACGAAGAAGCAUACUAUCGAGCUAUUCCAAAUCCAACGACCCCCCAAUGUCCCUCCACCAUCAUGCAAUGGCAGCACGGCACGUACACGAUCGCGGCCGACGGGUCCAUCACCCUCACGCCCUUCGGCGUCGACGGCCGCCAGCUCACCAGUGCGCCCUGCUCCUACGACGACGCCAUCUUCAUCCGCUACGAACAGCCCGAACUGUUCAAGUCCUACCAAGUGCUGACGGAUCCGUUCCACAACGUCCCGCGCCUGAACCUGUUCAAGUUCGACGGCGCGCCCCUGCAGCCCAUGUACUUGGUAUAUAACCCGCCACAGAUGCUGCCGACACAGACCUUAAACCCGACGAGUGUGGUGUCGCAGCCUACGGCAAAGGCGAAGGCCAAGAGAGGAGAUGGCGAGCCACAGCACGUGUUGAUGGGUGGGGGGAAGGAUGGCGUUAUUCAAACUCCCGUCAGUGAGUUUUACAAUGCGGAUCGUUGGUGGUGGGCCGGGGUCGGGCUCACGGCCCUGGGUACGGUGAUGUACAUGUUGCCUACCUCGACGUGA